CUCUGGCCACAUCUGGGCACAGUUGAAUUCUGCAAUUCAAAGUAUUCUCCACAUCAGAGAAGAUGACUUUUAAGAGGUGUUUGGCUCUGCUGCUGCUGGUCAGUUGCCUGGCAGCUCUGGUGACUGCUCGAGUGGACUUUCCCGAAGCAGGACCCGGCUCUCCAAAUGUCCGGAUAAUUCGAGCUGAGCGUUCGCCCCAACAUGGCUCGGUGGUGGUAACGGCUAGCAAGGAUUAGGCAGGCCGCCAGGCGGGCGUUCAAUACAAUCACAAUCUCUAUACCAGUCGAGAUGGGCGUGGCAGCAUCGAUGCCUACGCCAAUGCCAAUAGAAAUUUCGACCAGAAUCGCAAUAAUUUCGGUGGCGGCGUACAAGGCAGCUGGCGUUUCUAAUAAACGAAAUUCAACGAAUUCAUAUGCUCGACGAUAAUAAUAAAGUGCAAAUAGAUAUAGAA